GGCGGGCCAGCCCGUCGGCCUCCGAACGGGCUGCUCAUCUUCCAGGACCUGCGCUUCGUCGGCUUCUGGCUGAGCAGGUGGAACGACCGCGACGUCCAGGGCCGCCGCUUCGCCGUCGAGGACCUGCUCGGCAUGAUCCGCGAGGGCCGCUUCAAGGACGUGCCCGUCGACGAGGUCCCCUGGAGCUGGGACACUAAGGAGGACGCCCUCAAGGACGCCGUCGCCGGCACGCUGUCUGGCUACAGGAAGGGCAAGGGCGUUUUCGUCUUUAGCGAGACGUAG